CGCGCCGCCUGCAGCUGAUCCAGUGAAGGGAGCCGACAGGGCCCUGGCUCGAAGGUAAAUCCCCGCGGUGAGAGAGAACCGCUCCCGGCGACGGAAGGCGGCGCAGCCCGGCAGCUCCUCGCUCCCGUUCGCGCCCAGGCGGGCAGAGGAAGGAACAUGAGGUUCCCUUGGAAGUCAUUCAAGAUGAAGAUGGAAGGGGCAAUUUAACAGAGAUUAAAAGACACAGCCUGCAAGACUGGGGCCUGAGGGCUGGCAGUGGAAAACCCUGUUGGGUUGUGAUCUCUCACUGAAAAGUUCCAGGUGCCUUUUUGCUUCCUGCACACAACAGGAAGAGAAGGAGAAAACUAUGUCUAUUGCUCUGAAACAGGUGUUCAACAAAGACAAAACCUUCCGACCCAAGAGGAAGUUCGAACCUGGCACCCAGCGGUUUGAGCUGCACAAGCGGGCCCAGGCGUCCCUCAACUCAGGUGUGGACCUAAAGGCAGCUGUGCAGCUGCCCAGUGGGGAGGACCAGAAUGACUGGGUGGCGGUGCACGUGGUGGACUUCUUCAAUCGAAUCAACCUCAUCUACGGCACCAUCUGUGAGUUCUGCACUGAGCGGACCUGCCCUGUGAUGUCAGGGGGCCCCAAAUAUGAGUAUCGGUGGCAGGAUGACCACAAGUAUAAGAAGCCGACGGCACUGCCAGCUCCCCAGUACAUGAACCUUCUUAUGGAUUGGAUCGAGGUCCAGAUCAACAACGAGGACAUAUUUCCAACGUGUGUGGGUGUUCCCUUCCCAAAGAACUUCCUUCAGAUCUGCAAGAAGAUCCUGUGCCGCCUUUUCCGAGUCUUUGUCCACGUCUACAUCCACCACUUCGACCGAGUCAUUGUGAUGGGUGCAGAGGCCCACGUCAACACCUGCUACAAACACUUCUAUUACUUCGUCACAGAGAUGAACCUCAUAGACCGCAAGGAGCUAGAGCCCUUGAAGGAGAUGACGAGCAGGAUGUGUCACUAGCGGAAGAAAGGAACGCUGUUUCCUCCCGGAGUCCUGAGCCCAGGAGGCAGCCCUCCUGACUGAUGGUGCCCCUGUUUCCAGGAGCAGGGGUUUAGGGAGCCGCGGUUCCCGGCGACGUGUCCUGCUUACUCCGUGUGCUCUUAAUGCUCUGAGUGCUGCUAGCCAAGACCUGUGGCCCCGGGGGCUCCACACCGGGAACAAGGGCCAGCCCUGAACCCUCUGGCUUGAGGACCGUCCAGGAGCAAGACUGCACUCCCCGUUCCGCCGUGACCUGCCGCCCGUGACCUGCCGCCUGAGCUUUCUGGAAUUCGGGUUGUGAGACUGAGAUGCGCAUUCCUACUUUUCCACGCCCCUGUCUUGUCUGCGGGCGGCUUCUGUGAGCUCCUGUGAGUUUUGGAACUCUGGCUGCACAGCAAGUUCUUCUCUAACAAGCCUUGCUUUCAGGUCUCUGAGCGCUGCUGUCCCGCUCCUGUGGUUUAACGUGGCACGGGGCCGUGGAGCCGUGCGAGACCUGAAGCCACACAAGCAGUUUUAUCAGGGACCACGCCGUGCGCUGGCUUGUCUCUGCCCAGACAGGGUCAUCACUGCUAACUGCAGGGAGGAGGCUGGUCACUAGCGUGAAGCUAACACGUUACCAGUUCGCCUGAUCCGAAUGUAUUUUUGAUAACCACUGUCAUUCCCUGUCUCUUCCAUUGAAGAUGUUCCUUCAUCCAAGAAAUCUGUAAAUGACCAAGAAUGACCAGCAGGAGCCCCAGGCCUGCUUAGUGCGGUGUUUGUUCUUAUUAAAGGACAGGGGGUUGUGGCUGCCUCUAUGGAAUCCUAACAUUUCCGUGACAAAGCAAGAGGACAGUUGCAUAUGGGGUGCAUGUGGGUUAACCACUCGGCCUGGUGACUUGGAGCCUUGCCUUGGUGCUCCUCAACCCAGCUGAGGUUUCCUUCCCCUCUGCCGUGUUGUGUGUGGCACACAGCUGAUGUCUGCCCCCUGUGAUUGUGCCACCGUUGCUAAGGGAACAGUGGCACUGGAGCUACCUUCCUUUCUCCAUCCUGUCCAGUGCUCCUCCCCCAGUAGACAGGAUGACGCAUUCUGUAGUGCAGCCUGCCUUUUGAAAUCUAAACGAGGUUUAGUUGAUGAAAUGUUGCCUUCUCUGAUUCAUUCCCUAAACUGUAAUGGUCCUGACAGCCUGUGACGAGGGGGUGAUGACACUUCCGGUGAUCAGUUGCUUUAACAAAGUACCAGUUGGUGAAGGGACGUAGAUAAGAAUGUAUUAGUGCACUCAAUGUAAUAAUGAUUAAAGAAUAACUCAACAACUCUGAUUUUGUUUGAUUUUGUGUUGAACAGCCACUUUUGGCUGCCAAGAUUGCUGGAAAGCGUGAACUCUUAUUUGUCCAAACUUACGAAAGGGCUGCCUGGAUGGGCACAGUGGCAUUCUGUGUCGCCUUAAGCAAGCAGGCUGACCCUUGCCUCGAGUCUCACAAAGGUUGUCUCAUGGAAUCCAAAUGCUGCUACCUCUCUCGGUGUUGUUGUGCUCUGAUCAACAAUAGACAUCCUCCUCCUCUUGCUUCCUAAGUAACUCUGAGAAGACAAGAUCGGCUAAGGUGUUUCUGAGCUGUUGGCUGUGAAUGUCCUAGGGACCCAAGAGCCCCCAGUUCCUGACCUGUACAGUACACAGCAUCACCUGGGACUGCAGAACGGUGGGACAGAGAAAUGACAGUGUGGAGCGUGCGCCCUCCAGGACCUCUGUAACUCUGUACCAUGGAAAACCACAGGAUUUUAGUGUUAAAAAUUUGAAUGUUCCUGCAUUUCAAUAAUACCUUGUCAGAUGGGAAGCUGGAAUCUUAAGACAUUUGUCACAAAUUCUUUUAUUUACUGUUAACUGUGUGUAUGAAAUUUCCACUCAGUUUAAAAAUCCACAUGCAGAAGCAUAAAAAUCCAAAUGUUUUUUAAAGUUCUUGGAACGAUUUCUGCCUGGUUAUAUUGCUAAUUGCACUAAUCAAUUUGUCUAGGGUAAAUGCUGGCAAACUGUUCUUAUUUUUUAAUUAUGGUGUUUCUCUGUUUGGCAAAUUAGGAAGAAAAUCUUCACAGGUGAUUUCAUCUCUUUGGCCUACUGGCAUCUUCCCAGUUUCUCUUAAUGUGGGUGGGGAAUCUGAGCCCCGCAGCCCCUGAGGCCUGUGUAGUCGCUGGGUCAGACAUGGACAGCCCUGCUUCUUCUCCCAACUUGGCUCUGUCUCCUGUUUUUUCUUUUUACUUGGGGAACAAAGUGGAAAGAUUUCAACGAGGACCCUUAUCGCCUUGAAUGCUCCAGUCGUUAACAUUUCACCCCAUUCGCUUUCUCUUCAUGAACAUGCAUUCUUACUGCUGAACCAUUGCAAAGAAAGCUGCAGCCAUCAUGAACUUGUAAAAUAUUUCACCAUGUUUCUCAUAUUUGUAAGAAUGAUGCCUUCUCCAUCUGUAAUAUCGUUAUCACAUCCAAGAAAUUGAACCCCAGUACUGCAUUACUAUUAUCUAAUAUUUGAAUACAGUUCAUGUUCAGAAUCUUCCAGUUGCCCCCAAAAUAUUCUUUGGAAUUCUUUUAAAAAAAAUCCAGGGCUCAAUCAGAAAUCACAUGUUGCAUUUAGUUGUCUAUUUUUUUUUUAAUUUCCUUCAGUAGAGUUGAGUUCUGUGUGUGUGUGUGUGUGUGUGUGUGUGUGUAUGUGUGUGGUAUCUUUUGUGACACAUUAAAGAGUAUAGGCUAGGUGGUUUAUGGAAUGUCCCACAGUCUUAAUUUUUUUUUUUUAUUUUGACAGGCAGAGUUAGACAGUGAGAGAGAGAGAGACAGAGAGAAAGGUCUUCUUUCCAUUGGUUCACUCCCCCAAAUGGUCACUACAGCCGGCACGCUGCGCCACUCCAAAGCCAGGAGCCAGGUGCUUCCUCCUGGUCUCCCAUGGGGUGCAGGGCCCAAGCACUUGGGCCAUCCUCCACUGCCUUCCCGGGCCACAGCAGAGAGCUGGACUGGAAGAGGAGCAACCGGGACAGAAUAGGCGCCCCAACCAGGACUAGAACCCGGGAUGCCAGUGCUGCAGGCGGAGGAUUAGCCUAGUGAGCCGCAGCGCUGUCCCCAAAGUCUUAAUUUUUUUCUCUGAUUCUUUCUUCAAUGUUAGAUUCAUAGUAAACUUUGUUUUUUUUUUCAAGGAUACCAUCUAAGAGAUGUUUCCUUUCUAUUGCAUCAUGGCAGAAUGCACAUACUGUCUAGUUGUCUCUUUAUGAUAUUAAGAUGGAUCUGCAAGUUCAGGCGUUACCUGCCAGAUCCAGGCUUUAUUAAGUCCCAUAAUGCAUGGUGGAGCUUCACAGUUGAGUACAUGUACAUUUGAUUAUAGAGUGGGAGUCUUGCAUAUUAUGGAUGCUCAUUGCUUAUUCUCACGGCACGGGACUUUGAAAGAGCAUAACCAUUGCAAUGAGAUCCUAGAGCAGUGAGAGCUGGAAGGAGAAGCAGGAAGGUGCCGCCUGUAGGCAGUGCCUCAGUCUGCUGGCUUAGGAGCAUUCGCGUGGUCCUGGUUGAAAUAGAGCCAGAGGUGAAAUACAUACAACUUUUCCCCCUGGAAUCAGUGCCCUCGCAUUUAGCCUUAUGGGUUCUUGGGAAGGGCGAUUGCCAGUUGUUGUUUGAGGGAAAAAGUCAUAGACCUGACACUGGCUGAGGCCCUCCAGAGGGCCACUGUACAUACAAAGGUAUGAAGUAUCUAUUAUGGUAUUGGAAUUUCACCAGGGACGACACAGGGCGUGGUGAAGAUGCUUAGGAAACCAUCUGGUCCAUGGGGGAAAAAAGAAGACCGAGAAACAUUGCUCUAGAGUCAUUGUUGCUCCAUAGGUUGUUAAUUUUCUCUUUGUUGGGCAGUUUCUCAUUGCUAAGAGCACACUCUGAAAACCAGGAUGAGAGAAAGAAACUUUGACAGAUUCCUUACUGCAUCCCUUCCACCUCCCGACCUGUGUCAGUAACAUUCCUCCCAGUUCUUUAAGCAUAGAAAUCCUAUGGCAUCCUUUGGAGUCUCCGAGUGAGCAAUUUACAGCACCUGAAAUCCUUCCAUGCAAUUCAAGCCAAAGUCUGAUUUUGAGUUUCAGCCCAUCUUUUGUGCUGUGCCCCAUUGAGAGAGAUCUGAAGACUAUAUAGGACUAGUAAAAAUAAGUGAGAGUGUUAUUUGCCUGCCUGUUAAAUGAAGAAUCUUAUUGAUUGUCCUGCAGUCUUUGCUUUAGAGUUCUCUCUCCAACAGCACUAUUCUCUCUGAAGUCUGUUGCUCCAUUGUUUAACAAUUCUGUAGUUCAACUUAAAACUUUUUCAUACUUCUCGCCAUCUCAGCAUUAUGGAUGUGACCAACGGUGAGCACAAUACAUGACUUUAUGCCUUCUGUAAACUAUAUUGUGUCUUUCCUGAGUCCUGGCUUGCUUUUUAUACAGUUAGAAAUUUGCUUUUCUAUUUUAAUUGCCCACACAAAAUUCUUUAUGCUAUCCUACCACUUUGGGCUGCCUUCCUUUCCUUCUCCUUUUAACAUUCCUCAUGAGAUUGCAAUGUGUUGGUUUUUCUUUUGGUUACUCACUUUUGUAAAUGGCAAAGCAGUAAGGGUCUUGGAUAGGAUUCCUCUCAUCUUUUUGUCUCAUCUUUUCUAAUCUCUAAUGUUCUAUCCCUUCCACAACCCAUGGAUAACACUGUGAGUAAAAUAAAUAUUAUAGGAAAAAUUUGGCCAUGUCUUCAAGAAAGAUGUACAAAGACACAAUCGCUACAGUGAGAUAGAGGAUCAUUUGGAUAAUAUUGUCAUUCCUGCUCUGAUCAUUUUGGUCCUUGAAGAAAUUGAUAAUUCUCUUCUAGAAUUAGCCAAACAAUGUGUGUUUUGGAAUAAUGUUUGCUUUUAUGUUUUAAAAAGUAUACCAAUGCAAAACUUUUAUAACAAACUGUUUCCCCCUGUGCAGGUAUUAAUUUGGAGUAAGAGUUUUUGAUGAUUAUAUAAGGAUUUGUAUAACUUAUGGAGAGAAGAAUCCAUUUCUAAUCAAACAAUUAAGCUGUUUUACUAGCUUCUAGUGUUCUGAUUACAACAUUUUCCUGUAUCUUUUUUACCUACAUCUGGAAAAAAAUACUUACUAUAUUUUUAGUUCCAAUUGUAAUUGGAUUAAGAAUUUGACUGUAAGAAAAGCAGACUAACAUAAUUAAAUCAAUUAGAAAAGCAAGAAAAAUUAAAGAUAUUUAUCAAAUCAGUUCUAUGUGAACUUAGGAAUUCAAAUGUCACAAAUAAAAACGUAUAACCAUC